CUAGCAGUCACCACCCCCUGCGAGCGCCGGAGCCCGGCCAGCGGCGCGGAGGCUGCGGAGCCAGCGGCCAAGGAGCUGGCCCUGCGGGGCCCCGGGGGGAGGGGGAGCCGCAAAGCCCCCGCUGAGGCCGCCGUUGCCGGGCCUCCCCUCCCCCCCGGGCCGGCGCCAUGCGGGGGGGCCCGGGAGACGCGGAGCGGCGACAGCGCUGGAGUCGCCUCUUCGAGGAGCUGGACAGUAACAAGGAUGGCCGCGUGGACGUGCACGAGUUGCGCCGGGGACUGGCCAGGCUGGGCGGGGGCAACUCAGACCGCGGUGCCCAACAGGGCAUCUCUCCUGAGGAUGGCGCUGACCCAGAUGGCGGGCUGGACCUGGAAGAAUUUUCCCGUUAUCUGCAAGAGCGAGAACAGCGCCUGCUGCUCAUGUUUCACAGUCUUGACCGGAACCAGGACGGUCAUAUUGAUGUCUCAGAGAUCCAGCAGAGUUUCCAAGCUCUGGGCAUUUCCAUCUCGCUGGAGCAGGCAGAGAAAAUUCUGCACAGCAUGGACCGCGACGGCACAAUGACCAUCGACUGGCAGGAAUGGCGCGACCACUUCCUGUUGCAUUCGCUGGAAAACGUGGAGGAUGUGCUCUAUUUCUGGAAGCAUUCCACGGUCCUGGACAUUGGGGAAAGCCUGACUGUGCCAGACGAGUUCUCGAAGCAGGAGAAGCUGACGGGCAUGUGGUGGAGGCAGCUGGUGGCUGGUGCGGUGGCGGGUGCCGUGUCACGGACAGGCACGGCCCCUCUGGACCGCCUCAAAGUCUUCAUGCAGGUCCAUGCUUCCAAGACCAACCGACUGAACAUCCUGGGGGGCCUUCGGAGCAUGGUCCAAGAGGGGGGCAUCCGCUCCCUGUGGCGCGGCAAUGGUAUUAACGUACUCAAGAUCGCGCCUGAGUCAGCUAUCAAGUUCAUGGCCUAUGAGCAGAUCAAGCGGGCUAUCCUGGGGCAUCAGGAGACACUGCACGUGCAGGAACGCUUUGUGGCUGGUUCCCUGGCUGGUGCCACCGCCCAAACCAUCAUUUACCCCAUGGAGGUGCUGAAGACGCGGCUGACCCUGCGCCGGACAGGCCAGUACAAGGGACUUCUGGACUGCGCCAGACGCAUCCUGGAGCGUGAAGGGCCCCGCGCCUUCUACCGUGGCUACCUGCCCAAUGUGCUGGGCAUCAUCCCCUACGCCGGCAUCGACCUGGCUGUCUACGAGACCCUGAAGAACUGGUGGCUCCAGCAAUACAGCCACGACUCGGCAGACCCAGGCAUCCUUGUGCUCCUGGCCUGCGGGACCAUCUCCAGCACCUGCGGCCAGAUAGCCAGUUAUCCCCUGGCCCUGGUCCGGACCCGCAUGCAGGCCCAAGCCUCUGUCGAGAGUGGCCCCCAGGUGUCCAUGCUGGGUCUGCUCCAUCACAUCCUGUCCCAGGAGGGCGUGCGGGGCCUCUACCGGGGCAUUGCCCCCAACUUCAUGAAGGUUAUUCCUGCUGUGAGCAUCUCCUAUGUGGUCUACGAGAACAUGAAGCAGGCCUUGGGGGUCACAUCCAGAUCCGCAUGCCUCAAGCCCUGGCUCUCCAAGCUCAGCCACUGGAUUCUGGACAUCAGGAAACCUCAGCCACCAGAUCCUGCCAAUGCAAUGCGAGAUAUUGGGGCCCCAACCACUGGAUUCCUGAAUUUUUUUUUAACCUCGACACUGGGUCCCAGAUCCUUCUGCUCUGACUGCUGGAUCCCUAAAUUUCAAGCACCACACCCUCGGCCCCCAACCAUGGGAUCCCAGAUUCCCAAGUCCUGACCCACCAGAUUCUGGCUCCUCAAAUGCAGGAGCCCAACAGCACAGCAAUCUGCACCCCCUGGAUUCCAGAUUUUAGAACACAGAUUCUUUCGCCCCAUAUCAUUGGCUACUAAGCCCUCACGCACAGAAGGCAGACCCUGGCCCUGGGUCCCGCCCUUGAUUCCCGGUUUCUCAUCUGCAUAGUCCAGACGCUGGGUUCCCAGUGCUCAGGCUCCAUAAUCUAGAUCCCAACAGCCCAAUCGCAGCCUCCUGGGUCCCACACAGCCUCAUCCCAGACACACACCAGAGUCCAGCGCCCCCAACAUGAGACCACAUGGUCUAGAGACCUGUAGGGAAGCCCAGAUCCCACCUGCCCCACAGCGCUGGAAAACCUACAGGAUUUGUCCUAAGUCCUCAUAUGGGACAUCCCCAGGCGGCAGGAGAAGGGGUGCCUCUCCCACCACCUGCGUGGAUUCUGCGUCCUCCCGCACUUCCCAGCCCUGUGGGGAAUCUGGUCCUGAAACCACCCCACACCCUGCGGCAUCUUCCAUCCCCUUCCCACCGUAUAGGCUCAUAACCCCCAGGGCCCAAGUCCCUUUGGAUGAUCCAGUCACUCAUGCUUGGGGGCUUCACAAGUUAGAAGCCAGGAGCAAAUCUGCAUAGCCCACCCUUCCCUAAACCCAAACAUCCAAAUUAUGCAAAAAAAAAAAAAAAAAAAAAAGCCAAAUCCCAAAACGCAUUCUAGGUCUAUUUUUGUAGCAGAGAGAGGAGCAAAACCUCCCUCACCCUCCAACCCAAGCCCCAUCCCCCUGCCCCCCUACAUUCUGCACUUUAUAGUUGGAUUCUGAGCUUAGGAUAAUUGGGGGACCCCAUGAACAGACUUAGAAAGAGGGCCUGGGAUGUUGGGGGGCUGGAGGACUCCCCCACGGCUUCCACCUCCACCACGCCCCAUCUCCCUGCCUGUGUGUCUUAUUUCAAAGGAAAAUAACAAAAGGAAUAAAUUCUCUAAGCUCUUU